AUGCCAGACAUCAAGACUUGGAAAAUCGACCAGCCCUUCCUAGCUCUCAAAGGAGCACUCCUCGAAGGCCCAGCUUACGACGAAGCAUCAGACCAAUUACGAUGGGUCGACAUCAUAAAAUGUCAAGUUUCGUUUUUGAAAGUUUCCGAAGGAGCGCAAAGUCUACGGACUUUCACGCUUGAGAACGAGACUUUGGGGACGCUGUGGAAUAUCCAAGGCGAAAAAGAUUUGCUGUUCGCUGGGGCGAAAUACGGGUUGGCUACUUUUAAUACUGUGACGGGAAGGCUUGAUUAUUUUCAUAAGUACUAUGAGAGUAAAGAAACUGGACAUCGGUUCCGAAGCAACGACGGCGCAAUCGACGCCCGCGGCCGAAUCUUCCAGGGCGUUCUCGUCGAUGACCAAGUCGACAGACCUUGCCCAGACGGCAAGCUAACCUGCAUGGACCUCGACGGAACACUUCGAACAGUCGUAGACAAAGUCACCUGCCCCAACGGUCUCGGCUGGAACUCCACCAACACAAUCAUGUACUGGGCCGAAUCCGCUUCGGGAAAUCUCUACGCUUUCGACUACGAUCUCGAAACCGGCACUGCUUCAAACCAACGCGUCUUCUUCCAUCUCGAACCCGGAAGUAGAGAAGAGCACAAUACGAAUGUCCCUGAUGGCUUGGCUAUUGAUGUAGAAGAUCAUAUUUGGCUUGCUGUGUGGGGUAGCUCGCAGGUCUUGAGGAUUUCGCCGGAGGGUGAAGUUGUUGGGAGGAUUGAGGUGCCGACGAGGUUUGUGACUUGUCCGGCGUUUGUUGGGACCGAUUUGUAUAUUACGACGGCUGCCGAGAGGGAUUCGGAGAGGCAUCCUGAGUCUGCGAAGGAAGGUGGGAAUUUGUUUAGGUGUGAGGUUGGGGUGAGAGGGUUGGAGAGAUUUGCUUGUCGAGCUGUGUGGAGGAAGUGA